AUGACGUCAUUGGCCAAGCGUCGACCAGCAGCAACUACGCAGCGCGCGAAACCCACGGCAGGCGUGGCGGCGGUUCGAGAAGCAGCGGCACGGGAGCUUCAGGAUAACGAGCAGGGAGCAGACGAAGGAAAGAAUGUCCAAACCCUCUUGCGGACGAGGGAGGGCGAAGAAGAAACAGUCAGGGAGGCGGGAGGAGCGAGGGUGCAGGAAGGGGAGACGAAAUUGGUGGAUGUGGUAACCCUAGGUAACCUGUGCGUGGAUGUGCUUGUAGCUGUGGACCAAUUACCGCCCUCCGAUCGGCGCGGGAAGUGGGAAUUCCUGCAACGAGUCAAAGCGAACCCGCCUGAUGAGUCGUGCUGGGAGGCGGGCGGCAAUCUCAACUUCGGCAUAGCAGCGGCGCGCCUGGGGCUGCGCUGCACGGCGUUCGGCCACGUGGCGGGCGACGCGUUCGGCGCGUUCCUCGCGCGCGUCAUGGCGGACGAGCGCGUCGCGCUGCUGCCCCUCGCGGACCACGUGGACGGGCCGCUGGGGGACGGGCCGUGGGAGGGCGCGGAGGGGGAGCGCGAGGGGGAAGGGGAGGGGGAAGGAGAUGUGGUCGAGAGGAGUGAGGGGCGGUAUGACGGGGAAACUCUGGCGUGCUGGGUGUUUUUGGAUAAGAAUGGCCGCCAUGCCUUCGCCAGCCGCUUUGAUUUCAACAAGAACCCAGCCUUCAGUCGAGUGCAGACCAUCCCUCCUGCGUUUGCGCACCUCAUCGCCCGCUCCCGCGCUCUCUUCAUAAACGGCUUCGCCUUUGACGAGUUCCCACCCUCCGCCAUCCAGUCUGCCGCCCAGUACGCGCAACAGGCGGGCGUGCUUGUCUUUUUCGACCCGGGCCCUCGCACUGGCACGCUCUUCCGAUCAGCGGGGCAGUCAAAGGAGGUUUUUGAUUGGCUGCUACUGAACUGCGACGUUCUUCUGCUCACAUCUGAAGAGGCGGAGGUAGUGACCCAGCAGCAGGACCCCAACGCAUCAGCCGAACAGCUGCUAGAGCUCAAGGCCAGGGCCAGGGCUGCUGCUGCUGCCAGCAGCACUGCCGCUGGGGGCUCUGGGCUCAGUGCAGGCGCAGAGGAGAGAGAGGCGGGAGGUGGAGUGGACGGCCUGACAUGGACGCACCAGCAACAGCAGCAGCAGCAGCAGCAGCGGCGGCAGCAGCAACAGCGACUGCGGGAAGAGCAGCAGUGGGAAGAGGAGGAGCGGCCGCAGUGGGUUGCGGUGAAAAAGGGGCCAAACGGAUGUGUGCUGGCCACUGCAGCACAAGGCGUGUUCAGCCUCCCUGGCUUCAAGGUGGAUGUAGCGGACACAGUGGGGUGUGGGGACAGCUUUGCAGCAGCGGUGGCCAUGGGUCUGCUGAGCGAUGAAGGGCCCUCCACCACACUGGCUCUCGCCAAUGCCGUCGGUGCUGCCACCGCCAUGGGCAGCGGGGCGGGCCGAAACGUUGCGCGGGCUGCCCGAGUGGCGGAGAUUCUUCUUGGGUUGCAGGCCAAGGAGGAGGGAUGGCAUGGAGCGGAGGAGGACUGGGAUGCUGACGUGUGGUUGGAGGACAAGGGCAAGCGGUUUCGAGUGGGACACGUGGCGGUGCACGGUGCGUCCACGUGUCCAUCUGGCACCCCCCUGCUGCAGGCGGUCCGUGAUGCUGAGAGCCUCCUGCACCGCUCACUGCUGCAGGCACAGAUGAACUGCAGGGUCAUGGAUGGAGCGGGGGAGGCGAGCGGGGAGGAUUGA